ACAGAGAUAUGACUGAUCCAAGGUCACCAAGGUGAGCUUAACAGCUGAAUGCAGCUUUUAGCCUGUGUCUCCGUAGCCUAACGGAAUUUGCAUGAGAUAUUACAUAGAGGUUCAGAGGUAUUUCAAAUUUCAAGGAAAUCAAAUGGAAAAAAUCCCCACUGCUGUGACAGCAACAUUAAAGGCAGAAUUCCUUGUUCCGUCCUUAGUUACAGCUCCAAUUUCUAGCUUCCACUUGAAGACCACCAUAGGCAAAACCCCCAACAUUCAAUUGAAUAAUGUACCAGAAAUCAUUGAUGUAACUCUUUCCCUCGCUCCCUAUAUAGUAUAAGGGAGGGGAGAGAAAUACCUUUUUUUUAAAAAUGCUGCAAUUGAGGCAUUCUUUAUCAGAUUUCUCCAAAAUGCAGACAGCUUGUAUGUUUCCCCAAGGAGAUUCUGCAUGCUAAAUUUCAUAGGACAAAUUACAUCCAUUUUAUAAGGAAUAGAAUUAUCAUAUUUUAUAAACGUAAAGUGUUCAAAUCUGGUCACAUCUCAACUGUGGUUACUUACUACACAGCCCCUCCCAUAUUCCACAAAGACUGCAAAUCUAUGGUCGCCCUAGUUGAGCGAUAGGGACCUUGUGCUAUUGGACUCCAACUCCCAUCAGCCCUAGCCAGCAAGUCCAACGGCCAAGGAUGAUGGGAGUUUGAGUCUAGCAACGGAAGCUACCCUUUGACUCCCCGGAGAAGUCCUGAAGAAAUGUUACUAGCAUUCAAGGGCAGCACGCAUUGCAGAAAGAUCUACUCUAGGCAGUUGUUAUCAUGUCUUUCUUUCUUUCUGGGAGUGGAAAAAACCAUGUUGGAGGGGCAAUGGAGAAGACUGAACUGAAUCGCUCCUACAGUCGGGAAGUUCUUCCUUCGGAUUAUUCAUAACCUCCUUUCUUGUCAUUUGAACCCACCGGUUCAAAGUUUUGCGCUGUGGGGAAACAGGGUGUGCUCCAACACCUGUGGGGCAGCCUUUCAGCAUACCCGAAGAUGGGUAUCAUGCCGUCUCUUAAUGAUCUCUCUUCUCCAAGCUAAAUAUAUACCAGCCUCGUCUGACGUGGUCUCCAAGUCCCUCACCCUCUUCGGAAAACAAAACCCCGCAGCCUCCUUAGAAUGCGGUGCCCAGAAAUUAAGAUAGUCAUCCGGGAUUGUACAAAAAACCCAAAAUGCAACAACCAAAAGUACCACCCCGACAAGUACCUAUAAAGUUGCUUGGGGAGGGGAGCGGGGGUUUCUCUUACGCCCCGCACCACGACACCCAACUGUCCCCUGAGAACAGAGCACGAGAUGCACAGCCCGGUGGCUCUGCGCGUCAUCAGCCCCAACCAUGCCCACGACUGCAAGACGCGUGUCAGAGGGGGAGCCCUUGCACCCGGGGCGGCAGGGAAGCCAGCGCUCUUCCCAGUCCUGGCUCUGGGAGUUCUCUCAAGCCACUACGAAAGAGAGCCGACAGCCGCGCUGUAGCCAAGCGGAGCGCGCUCCCGGCCGCGCCUGCCUUCGCGGGCACCUCGGCGGUGGCCCGGGCGGGCUGCUUGAGCGGCUUGGCGCGCCCCUGCCGCCCCGGUUCCGCCAGCCAGGCGGGCUGGAGGACUCCGUCUCCUCCCCCACAAUGCACCGCGACAGGCAGCCUUUGAAAAAGCGGCGCGGCUCCUUCAAGAUGGCGGAGUUGGAUCAGCUGCCUGACGAGAGUGAGUAGCGACCCGCGGCGCCCCUCGCUCCGUCCCGCCGCUCGGCCCCUUCCAACGCCGCCGCUCCUCAAAGGGCGGUCCCGGGGACAGGACCCUCCGCUUGCUCCCUUUUCCCGGCCCUGAGCCGCCCAGGUUGCUCCGGCUGCCGCCGCCGGCGGCGCUCGCUACUGCUGCUGCUGCUUUUGCUUUUGCUGCUGCUGCUGCUGCUGUUGUUGUGGGAGCUGUGCGGGGCCGGAGCCACAGUCUCCUCCUCCCUCAGUGCCCGGCCUAGUGCAGCUCUCCAGUGGCCUCCCCUCCGCCCGCACCCCGGAGCUGCCCUCUUCGGGAGGCGGUGGCGGGGAGAGGACAGCAGAGCAGGGCCGGAAGCCGCUGUUAUAUAACCUCCACUUCUCCUGUCGGGGGUGAGCCGCACCCUGCACCCCCAGUCUUGGUGCAGGCCGGGGCAGUGCCCGGGGAGGAAAGGGAGGCGUGGAAGCUUCCCUAGGCCGGGCAGCGAGGUGUUGCGUGCAGGGCAGGUGGCUGCCACUGACAUUGCACCUCUCCGGGAGAGGCAGUGGAAAUAAAGGGUACAGCAACCACCACAGCGCAGUUGGGGAGGUCUCUGACCUGCCAUGGGCAUCCUGCCCCGGGGGUUUGACAUGACACUAACCUUCGAUGCUUUGGGGGUGGUUUAGGUGCUCACCCUUUUUCACUACGGAACGUCCUGCUGCUUAGGAAGGUAGUUUCUUAACCAGGAUAAAUAAAGCGUUGUUUUUCACUCUCCUCUUGUUCAUAGCAGCAGGAUAGUGAAAGUGACAAAGGAGAGGUCCAUAUUGUUGUUUCUCUUGUGUAUGUCAACUAGUAAUUUAGCAACCUCUGAAUUUGGAACCAAGGUAGUGGUAGCGCAUUGUUUUGUGCAGUACUUUCUUCUGUGGGGUAUGCAUACCCCUAAACAUUUUGUGAAUCUAAGUUUGGCCACAUUGAGGGGCAGUAUUUCAAUAUGAGUAGGGAAAUGAGAGUACCCCUAAACAUUUUUUUAGGAAAAAAAAGCACUGGUUUUGUGGCCGAUCACUUCGCAGGUUUGAAUAUGCUUCCUAGAGUUGGCUUGCUAUGUAUGUUGCACCAUGGAAAAUUGUGGCAUGGUAUAUUGAGAAGGGGGCAUUCAGGUUGUCCAGGAAAGCAAAAAUAAGUAUAUAUCUUCAUGAGGAAGCAUUUUCGUUGAAUCUGGCAGAUGGAAGGCACAAUGUUUCUCAGCUCAAAAGUGUAAAGCAACUUCACAGGUAAACUGCUCCAAGAGUUCUACUAUAGGGUGGUAUGCCAAUGUAAGCAAAUAAAAAAGAGUGAGUAAGCACUGGAUAUAGAAGACUGGUGGCUCAUAUUAUCAACAUAAAAAUAAUGCAUAUCCUCUGAUGCAUUUAUUAUAUGAAGGAUUGGGAACUGCCACAGAAAUUCACCCUGAGACCGGUCAAGAUUCACUUGACCUUUUAUUGUGUUUAUGUAAAAAAGUAAUCAAAGUAUUAACAGGAGGUGUUACACACUGUGGAUGUCACUGUAAACUUCUUUCUAAGGAAUAGGAACACUUGGGUGACCUCCAUAUAGUAUUCUGUGUUGAAUUGGUGGAAAUUGAUGCAGGUUUGCAUGUAUACAUACACUGAAAAUUUGUAUAUGAAAACAAGAAAAUGAAUACAAAACAUGAAAUCUUAUUGCAUAUGGACUCAUUUAGUAGUUAUGCAGGUGGUGGCCAAAGAUCUGUUCAAAUGUGCGGGAAAUAAUGCAAGGCGAUAUAAUGUACAUACUAUACACUCAAGUUCACAACUGUGUGGUGGUGCAAAAGUUGAAGCUUAAAGAAAAACAGUGAAUUAUAUAAAAUUGCAUUUAUGGACAAACUAUCAAUGACUUUGAAGUUUAUUGUGAAUAUAGGCUAUAAUAGUGAAUUGUAUUUGUCUAAUGUGCUAUACAGUAGAUUAAACAAAGAACUAAAUCAUUAGUAUGUGGGAAAACUGUACAAUAUUAAUAAAAUUAUUUUGAGUUAUAUUUGUACAUUUGAAAGUAAGGAAGUUGGGUUAUUUUGGUUACUGUUUACGAUGAUUGGUAAAACAUACUCAAUGUAUUAGGUGAUAUCAAAUGUUAGUCAUUCUCAGUAGGUCCAUUGGUUCCACAUGACAAGGUGUAAGGGUCAUUUUGAAAGCUUUUUCUAGUCUGAUAUGAUUUGGGGCUAUCAUUUAAGAAGCAACAAGAGGAACAGCCAUUUUAGAUCUGGUCCUAACCAAUGUUGAUGACCUGGUUAGUGGGGUAGACGUGGAAGGAUCAUUAGGCGCGAGUGAUCAUGCUCUUCUGAAGUUUACUAUACAGCGGAAAGGAGCAGCCAAGGAUACUAGGACUCAAUUUCUUGACUUUAAGAAAGCCGACUUCAUAAAACUUACGGAAGUGCUGGGUGAGAUCCCAUGGACAGUAAUACUAAAAGGAAAGGGAGUUCAUGAUGGCUGGGAGUUUGUUAAGAGGGAGAUAAUAAAAGCACAACGUCAGGCAAUACCAAUGAGACGGAAACAUGGAAGGUGCCUAAAGAAGCCAGGGUGGCUAUCUAAAGAACUUUUAACUGAGUUAAGAUUCAAAAAGGAUGUGUACAAAAAUGGAAAAGGGGGAAACCACCAAAGAGGAAUUCAAACAAAUAGCCAGCACGUGUAGACACAAAGUCAGAAAAGCUAAAGCACAGAAUGAACUCAGGCUUGCUAGAGAGGUUAGAAGCAACAAAAAGGCUUUUAUGGGUAUGUUCGUAGCAAAAGGAAGAACAAAGAAACAGUGGGGUCACUCAGAGGAGAAGAUGGUGAAAUGCAAACAGGGGACACAGAAAGGGCUGAACUCCUCAAUGCCUUCUUUGCCUCAGUCUUCUCUGAUAAAGAAAACAAUGCCCGACCUGAAGAAUUUGGAGCAAAUGAUUCAGCAAAGGAAACACAGCCCAGAAUAACUAAGGAGAUAGUACAAGAAUACUUGGCUAGUUUAGAUGUAUUCAAGUCUCCAGGGCCAGAUGAACUGCAUCCAAGAGUAUUAAAAGAACUGGCAGAUGUGAUCUCAGAACCACUGGCAGUCAUCUUUGAGAAUUCCUGGAGAACAGGCGAAGUCCCGGCAGACUGGAGGAGGGCAAAUGUUGUCCCUAUUUUCAAAAAGGGGAAAAGAGAGGACCCAAAUAAUUAUCGCCCAGUCAGUCUGACAUCAAUACCAGGGAAGAUUCUGGAGCAGAUCAUUAAGCAAACAGUCUGUGAGCACCUAGAAAGGAAUGCUGUGAUCACCAAUAGUCAGCAUGGAUUUCUGAAAAAUAAGUCAUGUCAGACUAACCUGAUCUCGUUUUUGACAGAAUUACAAGCCUGGUAGAUGAAGGGAACGCAGUGGAUGUAGCCUACCUUGAUUUCAGCAAGGCAUUUGACAAGGUGCCCCAUGAUAUUCUUGUAAAGAAGCUGGUAAAAUGCGGUCUUGACUAUGCUACCACUCAGUGGAUUUGUAACUGGCUGACUGACCAAACCCAAAGGGUGCUCAUCAAUGGUUCCUCUUCAUCCUGGAGAAGAGUGACUAGUGGGGUGCCACAGGGUUCUGUCUUGGGCCCGGUCUUAUUCAACAUCUUUAUCAACGACUUGGAUGAUGGACUCAAGGGCAUCCUGAUCAAAUUUGCAGAUGACACCAAACUGGGAGGGGUGGCUAACACCCCAGAGGACAGGAUCACACUUCAAAACGACCUUGACAGAUUAGAGAACUGGGCAAAAACAAACAAGAUGAAUUUUAACAGGGAGAAAUGUAAAGUAUUGCACUUGGGCAAAAAAAUGAGAGGCACAAAUACAAGAUGGGUGACACCUGGCUUGAGAGCAGUACAUGUGAAAAGGAUCUAGGAGUCUUGGUUGACCACAAACUUGACAUGAGCCAACAGUGUGACGCGGCAGCUAAAAAGCCAAUGCAAUUCUGGGCUGCAUCAAUAGGAGUAUAGCAUCUAGAUCAAGGGAAGUAAUAGUGCCGCUGUAUUCUGCUCUGGUCAGACCUCACCUGGAGUACUGUGUCCAGUUCUGGGCACCACAGUUCAAGAAGGACACUGACAAACUGGAACGUGUCCAGAGGAGGGCAACCAAAAUGGUCAAAGGCCUGGAAACGAUGCCUUAUGAGGAAAGGCUAAGGGAGCUGGGCAUGUUUAGCCUGGAGAAGAGGAGGUUAAGGGGUGAUAUGAUAGCCAUGUUCAAAUAUAUAAAAGGAUGUCACAUAGAGGAGGGAGAAAGGUUGUUUUCUGCUGCUCCAGAGAAGCGGACACGGAGCAAUGGAUCCAAACUACAAGAGAAGAUUCCACCUAAACAUUAGGAAGAACUUCCUGACAGUAAGAGCUGUUCGACAGUGGAAUUUGCUGCCAAGGAGUAUGGUGGAGUCUCCUUCUUUGGAGGUCUUUAAGCAGAGGCUUGACAACCAUAUGUCAGGAGUGCUCUGAUGGUGUUUCCUGCUUGGCAGGGGGUUGGACUCGAUGGCCCUUGUGGUCUCUUCCAACUCUAUGAUUCUAUGAUUCUAUGAUUUAAACUUACUCCUUUUCAUAGGGUGAGACUAAUGAGUGGGAAUGCACAAUGUUUAUAUACAAGCUUUUCGUACUGGGAGAUGCAUAUAUGAAAAUGACCUAUAUGAGAAUUCUUUAAUGAGAACAUGCAAGGCAUUUGUUUGUAUGUUUAAUAUUGAAUCAGGUGCCUAUCAUUUGAACUAACACUAAUCUAUCUACAUAUUAACUUGCAUGAUCCAAAGUAUAAACAUGUGCAUCAAGCAGAAGGCAUCAACAUCAUGUCAGAGAUGACCACUCGCUAAGGAAUUGCACAGUGCAUCUAUAUACCAAAUAUCUUGAAAAAUUCACUCAAGCCAGAUGUUAGAGGAAGGCAAUUGCAGCUUGUUGUCUACUCUGACAUAGAAGAAUUUUCCUCCCCACUCCAAGCAUGAUAAUCAGAAAACUCAAGAUACAUCUUCAUUAGCACAUGCAACCACCUUCCGAACAUCAUGUCACUAACAAGGUAUGAACAUGUAUUUAGAUCAUUGGCCUUCAGCUGGCAGGCCAGGACCCACUACCAGGUUGCAGCUUGAUUUAAGUUAGGUCACAACAGCAGCACUACCACCAUUCAAAUAUAGGGGGGAAAUUAAGAACUGGGUUUCCAAAUGCAUGUUUGGGUUAACGUUGGUCCUUGGUCUGAAAAAGUAGAAGACUACUGAUUUAGAUAACACAGUUAUCUAAAUAACUGUUGCUUGUCAACCUAUUGCACAAAUCUUUUGGCAGUAUGGAAUUGAACAACAUAAAGCUUUAUCUUUUGUUUUUUUAAAAAUGCAGGUUUCUGCUCAGUAAACUGAAUUUUUUUUUAUAAGGACACAUGGGUCCAGUCUAGAUAUCCCCCAAAGAGCAUUCUGAAGGACACAGCCGCCUGGAGGAAGUAGUGUUGGUGCAGCCAUGCUGAUAAGUAGUUUGCGUGAUGACUGCAUUCACAUGAAUAAUAACUGCUAAGUGCUACUAAUAAUCAUUCAAGUCAGAAGUUCCUUCCUCUACAAAAGGUGCAUCUGUUCGGAUGUUCUGCAUCAACAUCUGAACAAAGCUGUCAAUUCCCAUUAGCCCAAGCCAAAAAAAUGAAGCAAAAUAGGUAAAUUAAGCUACAUAAACUAAACUUAAUUGGCUCACUUGGGAGGAGUAGGGUGCUGAGAUCGUCUUCUUAUUCAAUCAUUUGUGGUGUAACAGCUUUCUAUUAAAUUUCCGCAUCCCACUCUCCACCAGCUUCACAAAGUGAUAGGUAGGUAGGCUUUUUAGUUAGAUAAACGUUUCUCAACCACUUUCAUACCUUGACUCUAAAAACAUUUAUUUGCAGAUAAGUCCCGUUCAAGUGUAAUGGAACUUAACUUACCAUCAAGAAAGUAGCCUAAGAUCAUAAUCUGGUAGUGUGAUUCAGUAGUGCUGGCAAAUAAUGACUGCUGUUCUAGUACAGUUCUUGCAGUAUUGCAUACUAAUUGUUACUGCCUUCCUAACUGGUUUCAUCUGGGUCUGUGCUAGACUGGUGUGUGGGCUAUCUAAUCAGCAUGCUUCUAGCUUGCGCGCUCUCUCUCUCUCUCUCUCUCUUUCUUUCUCUCUCUUUCUCUUCUGCUUGUGGUCUUUGAAAAUACAGGUGUGUGUGAUGUUGUAUUGCAUUAUAACAUCUGAGUCUUGGGACCUGUGGCUAAUCUGUGAGAGUAAAACCAAUCUUUUAUCGUUACUGUACAACAUUGCACAGGGACAGAGGGAAAAUCAAUGUUGUCAGUAAGAUUUUGCUUUGUGUCAUCAUCGCUUGCAUCCACAGGGAUCUUGACUCGGCUGUUAUAGUAAUGACUCUCAAGGGGUGUCCAAAGCACUAUCUAGUCCUGUUGUGUUGGAUGAUUUUCAGUUGGUAAGGCUUGAGGAUGUGGACAAGAUAUAUGGAUCGGUCAAGCAAGCCGCUUGAGCUCUUGCCUCUCUUGACUAAUGUUAGCAGAGAGGGUACUGUGAUGGGGGUGGUUCCUGCCUGCUUGAAAGAAGCCAUUGGUAAGACUACUCCUUAAGAAGUCCUCCCUGGAUUCAGAAAAAUCUAAGUAAUUACUGGCCAGUUGCCAAUCUCCCCUUCUUGGGCAAGGUUCUUUAGGAGGUAGUCACAGACCAGAUCCAGAUGCUCUUGGAGGAAACUGAUUUUCUUGAUCCGUUUCAAUAGGGGUUUAGGCCUGGUUUUGGCACAGAAACUUCUUUGGUCGCCCUGCAUGGUGACCUUUUUUGGGAGAGAAACAGGGGAAAUAUGUCCCUGUUAAUUCUCCUCGACCUCUCAAUGGCUUUUGAUACCAUAAACAAUAAUAUCCAUCUGGAGCAACUGUCAGAGUUGGGGGUGCAUAGCACUGCUUUGCAUUGGUUCUGGUCAUACUUGGAUGGCCAUUUCCAGAGGGUGAUGCUUGGGGAGUGUUAUUCUGCCCUGUGGAACCUUCAAUGUGGGGUUCCUCAGGAUUCAAUUUUAUCCCCUAUGCUGUUUAACAUCUACUUGAAGCUGAUGAGUGGGAGCAUCUGGAGUUUUGGAGUGCAUUGUCAGCACUAAGCGGAUUGCACAUAGCUCUACUCCUUUACAUCUGCAGAUAUGGCAGUAGAUGCGAUGGACUAUUGUAUUGCCUCAGUAAUGGACUGGAUGAGAGCCAACAAACUGAAACUCAAUCCAGAUAAGACUGAAGCUCUGUUAGUGGGUAGUUCCCUAGACUGGAUGGAUAGGAGAUCGCCUGCUCCUAAUGGGGUUACACCCCCUCUGAAAGAGUAGGAACGUAGCUUGGGGGUAAUCCCAGAUCCUUUGUUGUCACUUGAGGCUCAAGUGGCCUUGAUGGCCCAGGGUGCCUUCCAUUAGCUUUGUCCUGUGGCCCAGCUGUGCCCCUAAUCUGGACAAAGAUAGCGUAAUUUCUGUCUUCUAUUCUCUGGUAAUCUGUAAAUUAGAUUACUGCAAUGCAUUCUACAUGGGGCUGCCGCCAAAAAUGGUUUGGAAACUUCAGCUGAUGUAGAAUUUGGUGGCCAAGUUGCUCACCAGAGCAAGACGGUUUGAACAUACUACACCAAUCUUGGCCCAACUGCACUGGCUACCAGUUGGCUUCCGGGGCCAUGUCAAAGGGCUGGUUUUGACUUGUAAAGCCUUAAAUGGCUUAGGACUGCAAUACCUCAAGGAUCGCCUCUCCUCAUUUGAACCAACCCAGACCCUGUGAUCAUCAUCUGAGCUCUUCUCCAUGUGCCCUCUCCAUGAAAGGACCAGAAGAUAGCAGCACAAGAACAAUCCUUUUCUGGUUUCGCAUUUGUGGAAUUCACUCCCCAGAGAGGCUUGCCUGGUGCCUUCAUUACAUAACUUUAGGUGCCAGGUGAAAACAUUUCUCUAUAACCAGGCCAUUGCGUAAUUAAACAUUUAAUGGCCUUUUAAAUGUGUCUAUGGGAAGGGAGGUUAUUGGGAGUCUUUAUAUAUUAUGUGUUCUCAUUUUGCAUUUUUGUGUUGUGAACUGUUCUGUGAUCCUUGGAUGAAGGGCAGUAUAUAAAUGUAAUAACUACUGCUAAUAAUAUUUGCCAUUUUUUGCUUCUGGUGCCUAUCUUCUCUACUCAGAUUUGACUCAUGGGACACCUAAGACUGUAUUUCUGUCCCACUGGAGCACACUGUCUUGAACUGCUACAUUAUAGUAGAGUCUGAUAGGUUUGGGGUUUACUAAUUUAUCACAACUGUUUGCAAAUUUUCUGUGGACCAGCAUCCCACACACCUGGUCCUAUUCUUUAGCUUUGCACAGGCAAAUAGCUUUGCACAUAGCACUGGACUGUUGGAGAGUUUGUAUGAACGCUUUUAUUUUGUAAAUUACAGCAGCUUUGGCAACAUAGCAUUUCCCCCCUAAAAGCUGAUGUGCAUCUAGAAAAGUAGCAGUUUCUUUUACUAUCCUGUAAAUGUAUCGCUCGCUUCUUGUCCAUGAAGGCAAGCAAAUCAAUGAUGUUAUCCAUCAAAAUAGGUUCUUACCUGGUAGAAAUAUUGCCAUGUUCUGUUUUUGUGUGUAUUUGGAGAACUGCAGUGGGGAUGUAAAGCUUUUAAAGCAUUUUCUUCUUGCAACUCACAUGUCUACUGUAGUUAAGGAGACAGUGAGGAAUGUCUCCAUUGUUAUCACUGCUUUGCAUGACAUUUUCAUACAUGCGUCUCCUAAUACAGAAUGUUUAUAUACUUCCAAGGCCUUCUGUUAGGAAGGAAUAACCUUGACUGAUUCUGUCAUAACUAUAGUUCAUAACUACAGUUCAGAAUGACUGUAACGCUUCGUGUUUUUGUCUUACAUUUGGUGAUAUCCUCAGGCAUGGCCAAACUUUGCCCUCCAGCUGUUUUGGGACUACAGUUCCCAUCAUCCCUGACCACUUGUCCUGUUAGCUAGGGAUGAUGGGAGUUGUAGUCCCAAAACAGCUGGAGGGCCAAGUUUGGCCAUGCCUGAGCUAAGUCAUACCCAUAGUAGACUUAUCAAAAGCAAUGGACUUAAAUCCAUUCAAUGACCAACUUGUAAGUAAGGCUAACAUUGGUUAUCACCCAGUAAGUUUAGAAUAUGUUUUAUUCACCACAGUAAAUAGGCUUGCCAUAUGUCAGGAAAAUUCCUGACAUGUCUUGGUGUUCAGGUGUAAAAAUGGUGUCGGGGGGAAUUUUGCCGAAUUGGCAAAAUGUCAGAGAAACCUCGAAUGUAUGGCAACGCAAUGGAAAAAGUUUAAAACCACUGGGGGGGGGGAGGUUUCCCCAAAAAAGCUCAACAAUUUUGAUGGUGUUCUAAAAUAGUAGCUGCAAAUCUUGCUUUUCUGUGCGAAACAUCUGAACAGCUAAUGCUCCUUACUUUCAAAUCUGCUACAAAUAUUAUACUUGUAACAAUUUUAUUAAGCUUAUUCCCUGCUGUGUGUUUGUUUUCCUGGCCUACCACCUUGUCACAGAUAUAAUUAAAACACUUUAAAAGAAUGUAUAUUAUUUUACAGUUUUCUUACAUGCUGAAGGUAUAACAGGGAUUGAAGUGAUAAACAAAGAAUGAAUAACAUUGCUUUGCCAGUUCUCAUCUGUUUGUUGUCCUUCCUAUGCUGUACAUAUGAACAUAUGAAUUUUAGGGGAAAUAUUAGUAAAGAUAAGACCUUACAUCUUCACUAAUAUUUCCCCUUACAAAUUAUUCAUCAGCACAAUGUGAAAUUUGUUAUUCAGCUAGAAGUGAGUAUGAAGAUCAUGUCUUAGUUUAUAUCAUAGAAAGCAGGUGAGAGGGAUUAAUGAUGAUAGAAUUGGAAUGUACAUUGGAGGUUAAGGAGAUACUAAAGCACUUUCCUUUAGUAUCCUCUUCUCUACCAUGAAAAAAUGUUCGCACUUCAUAAAUAAACUCAUUAUUUCAAUCUAAAUUAAACAAGGUUUGAACCAUUUCAGGUCCCUAAUGCAAAUUGUUUAUUAGGCCAUUUUUACUGCUGGCAGCUGGUGCUGAUGCUUACAUAUUGAAAUCGUAGUAGUGAAAUAAUGGAACAAAGGGUUACCAGUUUAGCACAUCUACCAACUUAACUGCAUGAACAGUGUAUUACUGCUAUGUUGCAUGUUUUCAUUUUUUGGCUUACUUUGACUUUAUAGUUGAAGAGAUUAUAUUCAUGCUCCUUGGAUGAAACCACAAAAUAUGGUUUGCUGAAUAUCAGGAAGUUAGUAAUUAGGGGAUUAGCAAAGGGACCAGGGCAACGGAGCACAGUCCUUGUUCCUUUACCAUCAUACAAUAAUUUGACAUUAUAUGUGUGAAAUAACCCUAGCGUUAAUAUGCUUCUGGGCUGUAUCUAGUUGGUGUUCCUCCACCAAAAGAAAACUCUUUGAUCCAGUGGGAACUUAAAUUAGUAGACGAGGAAUUGGAGUGAUUUUCAGAGAUUUUCCCUUCAACCUAGGCCCGUUGGCAUUUACAAAGAUGUCUGCAAAUGUGACAUGAAGACUGGCAACAUUAACCCCACCAUGUGGGAAUCCCUUGCAGACAACCACAGUACCUGGAGACAAUCAAUCAGGUUGUGUGUCCACAGCACUGACCAGAGGACGAAUGCCUGCUGCAAGGAGCACAGAAAGAAGAAAUGCCAUGGUGCAUCUGCAGCAGCACAUCCAAUGCCUUCAUCUGCCCCAGCUGCAACAAAACAUGUCUAUCCUGCAUCAGUCUCUACAGCCACAGCAGGCACUGCAACCUUCCAACAGUUUGGCUUCACCCCCAAAGGCACACACUCUCCAUUGUCUCCCAAGACAGACAAAUGCCAACCCCCUUCAACUCCAUACCUGCUCAAAUCUGCUAUGGAACCUUCAGUACAGCAUGGGAAAUGGUGUGGAAUCUGCAGGGGGAAUUACCAAAGAUCACCUCAGUUCUUAUUCUGUGGAUGGUAGGUUCUGCUGGAUCAAAGAGCCUUCCUCAGUGGAGGGAUACUAGUUGGACACAACUAGUAUUUAUACUUUAUACUUUGAAUUUGACUUAGCUGUCAUAGCUGCACUUCUCUGAUGAAUACUUUGUGUGCUUGCUGAGGAUGUUUUCACAGAGAAUCCUGAUCUUCCCAGAAGUACAUAUUCCCUGAAUUAAUACUUCCUUGGUUGGAAGCCAUAAUAGCUGAUCAGGCUGAAGCUUGUUUACAUUUGUAAGGCAUUUCCCUAUUAAGAAAGAAAAAUAAAUUAGCUAUAAAUGCUGAAAGAACUGUGAAUCCACUGUCAGGAAAUAUUGUUCCCUUACUGGAUUUUUUUACUUAUUUCAGGUUCAUCAGCAAAAGCUCUGGUUAGUUUGAAAGGUAGGACAUACCAUUUAUUUUUAAUUUGUUGUACUUGUGGAAAGUAAAAGUUCAGUCAUGGUGUGAAUGAAUAUCUAAAGAGCACUUCAUUCUUAAGUGGGAAGUCGGCUGCAUUUUCAAAAUAGAAAGAUAACAUAAUUUAAAAAAAUUAAACAGAAGUUUUUUACAAUGUGGUUAUAUCUUUAAUGUUAAGAAUGGUAAACUUUUAAGUUUUCAUUUGUAGAGUAAAGGAUUUUUACAGAACAUUAUAUUAAUUUUACAUAGGAAUAAUAAUAUUUAUUAUUUAUAACUUAAUACAGAGGGAAGUUUAUCAAAUACAUGGAAUGAAAAAUUCAGUGCCUUGCAGAAAACACCCAUUUGGAAAGGCAAGAAUGCAGGAGCUGCUGUAGAAAUGGUAAGGAGCAACACUGACCUAUAUUAGUAGUCUUCUAGUUUUCUUUCCUUUGGCCGUUAAAUUUUUUAAGAAUAAACAUUUUUCCUGGUUUCGUAAGCGCAGAGUAGCAGUAUAAAAUAUGACAUUACGUUGAGUACUGUAACAGUUGUACAAAAGGAAGCCAGCUGUUUAGGUAAAUUUGCUUUCAGCUAAGUAAAAUAAGCAAGGUGAGGGAAACUAGAGGCCACAAAAGUCUGUAACUGUGCUACAUAGAUCAAGAUUAUGUUAUUAUAUUAAAGGAAGCAUCUUCUGCGUGUUUAUCAUGGGUUUGCUGUAUUGCAGGAAAGCGCGUUGUGAAACUUUUCAGUUGAUUGAGUCAGAUUUUUCUUUUUGCUCCAGCCCUUCAGAAGUUCAAAACGAAGUCGGUCCUUUUGUGAGGAAGAGGAAAGGCAAAUGAAUACACGAUCACCCAAAAGAAACCAGAGAGUUGCAAUGGUUCCCCAGGUAUGUUAAUCUGUAAAGUUUGUUGCAUUCAUUGAUAGGUAAACUAAACCUUCUCAGUUUCCAGUUUAUUGCAAAAAUCCAAACACAUUCAAAAAAGGAGAAAUAUAGUAGUCAUGGGAUACUUCAAUUACCGCAAUAUCUGUUAGAACUCAAACUCUGCUAAGAAUGUAAGGUCCAACAAAUUCCUCCAUUGCCUCACUGACAAAUGGAAGAAGCAUCAAAGGGAUCAUCUCUCUUGGACUUGGUCCUCACCAACAGGGAGGAACUGAUCGAAAAAGUGAAAGUACCCAGAAGCUUGGGAGGAACUGAUUAUUGUCCUCUUGGGUUUCAUUAUACACAGGCAAUGAAAACAGAGUGUAGUUGAACAUCCAUUCUGAACUUUAAGAAGCCUGAUUUCAAAAAACUUAAGGAACUACUGGGUGAGAUUCCGUGGUCAGAAAUACUCAAAGAGAAGGGAGUCCAGGGUGGAUGGGAGUCUCUUAAAGGUGAAAGAUUGAAGGGACAAAGGCAGAUAAUUCCAACAAGAAAGAUAAGUGGGCUGCACUUAAAGAAACCAGAGUGGCUGCAUAAGGAGCUUGCAGAUGAACUGAGAUUUAUGAAGGACAUGUAAAAAAUGAGAAAUCACGAAGAAAAGAGUAUUCACGAGUAGCCAACAGUUGCAAGGAGAAGGUCAGGUGGGCCAAAGCUCAGAAUGAACUCAAGUUUGCAACGUGGAUUGGUUGCAUUUCUAUGCUGCUUUUCAUUCAGAUGAAUCCCAAAGUGGCUUACAAACAAUAAAUAACAAUAACAUAGUAGAGCUUAACAGAACAUCACAAGUACGGCAUAAAGCAUAUGAAAUAAUUAACAAAUAAUCAGUAAAACAGUUACAAUCUAUAAAUCACUAUUAACAAAACAGCAACUAAAAACUAAGACAAACGGUUCAGCUAGGACUUGAACCAAUAGAUUCAAGUUACAAGAAAGGUGAUCCCAACUAAACAUCAGGCAGAACUUUCUGACAGUUAAGAGCGGUUUUAGAGUGGACUUUCCUUCCUUGGAGGCUUUUAAGCAGAGGUUGGGUGGCCAUCUGUCAUGUAUGAUCUACUUGAGAUUCCUGCAUUACAAGGGGCUGGACUAGAUGACCCUCAGGGUCACUUCCCACUCUAUAAUUCUGUGGUUCUGUUCUUUUAGUAUUUCUAUUAAUCUCUGGUUGUUUUUGUUUUUAUUAUUAUCUAGAAGUUUACUGCAACAAUGCCAACACCAGACAAAAAGGCAUCACAGAAGAUCGGUUUGCGGCUACGUAACUUACUCAAACUUCCUAAAGCACACAAAUGGUGUAUUUACGAGUGGUUCUACUCAAAUAUAGAUAAGUAUGUAUGACUUUUCAUUUGUUAGUUUUAGAUUACAAUCCUAUGCAGACAUGGAAGCAAGUACCAUUUACCUCAAAGGUGCUUUCUUCUGUGUAGGCAUGUAUGAGAUAGCAUUGUAAAGCAAUAUACUGGAAUUAAGCUAUUUGUAUUUUCAUAUGGCUGCUUCAUAGCUGUGCAGUGAAACUUGCGGUUGUUUUUUUAAAGCAAAAUGGGGCAAAAAUGGUUUUGUCAGAUUUUAAUACAGUUACAAGAAUUAAAUAUUGCUCAUCAGUUUCCCUGCAAAAUGUUUUGCAAUAGCAAGUUUUUUAAAGAGAUAAGAAAAUAAUUGCUAUAUUCUUGCUAAGAUAUACCUUGGCCUGGUUCUUAUCAUCAUUUUUGCCUACCUUAUAUUGGUGACAACUUAAAGCAAUAUUUCUAAUGUUACAAAGCUUAUUACUUUAAUUUCUGAAUAGUACAGUUGCUGGAGUCAUAAGAGUAAUAAUGACUUUCAUGGUUCUGUAAACUAUAUUAUGCAAGGCAGAGUUUUAAUAAAUAGGAAAGUGUAUUUUUUUGUAAAGAUGCCUUGUUCAUUUCUAAAUUGACUGCAUUAGCUUCAAAAUAUUUUUCAGUUAUAACAUUUUAAUUUUCAGUUAUAACAUGUUAUAACAUUUCAGUUAUAACAUUUUCCCUGUAAAAUGAAUAAAUUAAUAUUAAGCCCAAGUUGACAAAUGACUAUAAUUUAAGCAUUUAGGAAGCAAAAUUCUCUAGUCUUAGGUAUAUGGAGGUAAAAUUGUGUUGGCAUGUCAUAAUACAUUUUCUGAAUGUACUUGAAAAUAUAAUGACAGAAUACCAAUUGUUUUUAAUAGGCCACUCUUUGAAGGUGAUAAUGAUUUCUGCGUUUGCCUGAAAGAAUCUUUUCCCAAUCUGAAAACCAGAAAAUUAACAAGAGUUGAAUGGGGAAAGAUCAGACGGUUAAUGGGGAAGCCACGAAGGUAAAACAUUAGCUUGAAAGACUGAAGGCUCUUUAGCUGUAGAGUUUUUGUGGGGAGUUGGUGGUGGUGGUUUUUGUUGAAGGGUUUCCUGGAUGAUUCAUUUUAAAAAGUUGGUGCUUAAUGGGUAAUUUUAAGAAUGUAGGAUAUGUUGCAUAAUCAUAAUUGAGUAUGUAGCCAAGUUUCAGCCUGAUGAUGAAUUCAAAGCAUUUGAGGAGUACAACUUAGCAUAUAUAAGGACAUAAGAAGAAGCCUACUGGACCAGGCCGCUGGCCCCUCUAGUCCAGCAUCCUAUUCUCAAAGUGCCCCGACCCCUCCCCAUACUGGACUGGGAGAGCAUAACCCUGUUAAGUAUCUUGGCAGCUUUCAGUGCCAUGGACCAUGACAUCCUUAUGCAUAGGGCUGAGAAAUGGGAACACAGUGUCUCCAUUCAUACCUAGAAGCCUGAUUCCAGAAGAUACCACUGGAAAACUACUUAUUGGUUUCUUGACAUUUAUGUUAUGGGGUUGUGUAGGGUUCUGUAUUGCUCUCCAUUUUUAAACAUCUACCUGAAACCACUGCGUAAGGUAAUUCUGAUUUUCGGAAUAGGUUCUGUCUCUUAUGUUCAUCUGAUUCUGGUAUCAGGAUGAGUAAUGGACUGAAUGAAGACCAGUAAAGCUUUAUAAGAAAGCAUAAAUAACAGACAACCAGUACAGAUGCUAAAGGAUUAGACCAUUUUCCCUAGCUUCUUUAGGAUGUGUUUAUUAUUAUUAUUAUUCUGAGCCUGGGGUUGAUAAACUGUUUAAGGAUAGCCCCACAAAUCAAAUAGCUCCUGCUGACUUGAGGAAGAAAGCCGCAACAAAAGAGUAGGGUCUGUUUAUAUGGCAUUGAGAAAGAAUUUCAGCCAUGGGCAAGGCAAGGCAAGGCAAAAAAACAAAACAAAACACAUCACCCAUGUGAUAACUGUUUCUUAUGACUAUAGCAUGCUUCUUUCUUCUUGCAGUUGUUCUAAGACAACUAUCCUAGUACUUUACAGCUCUAAAGGUUAGAAACCUUUUUAGGAAUUCAAAUCUAGAUACCUUGGGCUGCAGUUUUAUAUACACAUAAUCUGGGAGUAAUCCCCAUUGAAUGCAGUGGACUUACAUAAACAUGCAUAAGAUUGCACUGUUGAUAGCCAAAUUGUAUGCAUUCAACCUCAUAACCACUGUCUUUUGUCUGUACAGAUGUCAGUUAGCUAUUACUGCUUUCUCUUCAGUGCACAGUUGGUUUUGACAGGCUUCAGUUUUGCAAAGAAAGGAUAAACAUAUUGCAUCUAACUGCAUUUAUUACCGACAACCAUCGUUUCUGUGUGUCAGUGUUUAGACAUAGGGAUAAACUAUAUUUUCAGCAUAUACAGAUUCCACUUCUGUCAAAUACUCCUGCAGGGGGACCUUUCCAGUCUGUGUACCACUUGCUUUCUGUUGUACUAAUUUCCCCCCUCAAUGUAAAAAGUGUAUAAAAGCAGUCGGUUUUAUCCAAGAAGUCCUGUUAAGUGUAAGACUUCCACUUGCACAUUGGAACUUACCCACCCCCCAUCAGUGAAAUCUGCACCAGAGGGCUGAGGGAGGAAAUUCCCAUUGCAGAAGCGGAUGACCUUGUGUGAGUUUGGUUGCAACCCAAUCUACCAUACUUUUCAAGGAUAAAGCUAUAAGAUGUUUGAAUAAAUGAACAUAAAGUAAAGAAAUUACAAUUGUUUUGCAGAUGCUCUUCUGCAUUCUUUGAAGAGGAAAGGUCCGCAUUAAAACAGAAACGGCAAAAAAUUAGACUUUUGCAACAGCGGAAGGUGGCAGAUAUAUCCCAGUUUAAAGAUCUUCCAGAAGAAAUUCCGUUGCCACUAGUUAUAGGAACAAAAGUUACAGGUACCUUUUCCCCAUCUCUAAAUUACACAGCUGUUUUAAUUGGUGUUGAAUUCUGAAGAUGUAGUUUAACUUGAAGUUAUUUAAAGGAGUGAAGCUUUUACAUCUCCACUGCUAGUACUGCACCAUCUGUAAACAGGAUUACCUUCCUAGGUUUGGCAUUUCAAAUGACCCAAGUAGUCAUAAGAUACACGGCACACUCUUGCAAAACUUCUCUAGUCUUUGACAGGACCAUGUACUUAAAUCAAGGGCUGGCUUCCAUAAUUCCUUUUAACCCACCCUGUCACUUCCAUGACUGUUGUCUGCUACUAUUUUCUUUAACACAGCGUGAUGAUAUUACAUCAUUGGGAGUUUUCUGCUUACUGAUUCCAUUAGUCUUUCUACCAGCCAUUUAGAAUGGGCUGUCCCAGCCUUGUCCAGAAUUAUAGAACAAUAAGAAUGCAGCUUUGUUUUAAAUGCCCACCAUUUGGGGUUUUAGUUUUGUUUGUUUCCUGCCAUGUUUAUAAUAAGGGCUUUGUAUUCUCUGAUUCCUCACAAGGACAUAAUUCUGCUUCCUCAUAAUCUAAUCUUCCAUUUUGAAAAAUGCAGGCUUCUAGCCUUCAUAGCUAUGUGAAGAUAGGCUUUUACAUUAGGCAAGCAAUGCCUAGUGAAAUCUUAGAAGCCAGAAAGGAUUCUCUGGGAUAGGGACAGGGGUCAUAGUCCUACACCUGCCUUUUCCUCUCCCAUUUAGAAAAUCAGACUAAAUUGUGCAAAAUAAGAAAAUAUAUGAAAUUAAAACUUAAUUUUCAAUACUAUACUAGCUAUAGAAUUCUGCUUUCCUGGUACAGAAUUUGUUGAUGCAGAACUCUGAUUCUGUCAUUAAAUAGUAGAUUCUAUCAUUAAAUGAUUCUAUCAUUAAAUAGUCGCCUUACUGUACCCAUAGCUUGGGCCCGGUCUUAUUCAACAUCUUUAUCAACGACUUGGAUGAUGGACUCAAGGGCAUCCUGAUCAAAUUUGCAGAUGACACCAAAUUGGGAGGGGUGGCUAACACCCCAGAGGACAGGAUCACACUUCAAAACGACCUUGACAGAUUAGAGAACUGGGCCAAAACAAACAAGAUGAAUUUUAACAGGGAGAAAUGUAAAGUAUUGCACUUGGGCAAAAAAAUGAGAGGCACAAAUACAAGAUGGGGGACACCUGGCUUGAGAGCAGUACACAUGAAAAGGAUCUAGGAGUCUUGGUUGACCACAAACUUGACAUGAGCCAACAGUGUGACGCGGCAGCUAAAAAGCCAAUGCAAUUCUGGGCUGCAUCAAUAGGAGUAUAGCAUCUAGAUCAAGGGAAGUAAUAGUGCCACUGUAUUCUGCUCUGGUCAGACCUCACCUGGAGUACUGUGUCCAGUUCUGGGCACCACAGUUCAAGAAGGACAUUGACAAACUGGAACGUGUCCAGAGGAGGGCAACCAAAAUGGUCAGAGGCCUGGAAACGAUGCCUUAUGAGGAACGGCUAAGAGAGCUGGGCAUGUUUAGCCUGGAGAAGAGGAGGUUAAGGGGUGAUAUGAUAGCCAUGUUCAAAUAUAUAAAAGGAUGUCACAUAGAGGAGGGAGAAAGGUUGUUUUCUGCUGCUCCAGAGAAGCGGACACGGAGCAAUGGAUCCAAACUACAAGAAAGAAGAUUCCACCUAAACAUUAGGAAGAACUUCCUGACAGUAAGAGCUGUUCGACAAUGGAAUUUGCUGCCAAGGAGUGUGGUGGAGUCUCCUUCUUUGGAGGUCUUUAAGCAGAGGCUUGACAACCAUAUGUCAGGAGUGCUCUGAUGGUGUUCCUGCUUGGCAGGGGGUUGGACUCGAUGGCCCUUGUGGUCUCUUCCAACUCUAUGAUUCUAUGAUUCUAGCUUUGGGGACAGAUGUCUUGUUCUUGGGAGGAGAUAGUGUUAUGAGAUGCUGCAUGCCUGAGCCACCCUUCUAAUUCCUGGAUCCAGCAUAGAUUCAGUUGUUGGAAUAGUCAGCCUGGUAAUAGCCUGUUAAGUAUGGGUCAUUAAGGAAACAAAGGAAAUGGCUCUGUGCCACGGGGUGGGCCUUUCUCCCUCAACUAUCUGUUAAUUAGAAGGACAAAAGACCAGAGUUGAGAGUUGAGUGAUGUGAGCUAGAAACUGGAUGCAACUGCUUCAGGCUGGAAAGGCAGAGGAAGCCACACCUGAUUUCUGUGGCAUGCAUCAAUAUUUUGCUCUGAUUAAGACUGGAGGAUGUUUUUUAUUUUAGCACGGUUACGUGGUGCUCAUGAUGGACUCUUCACUGGACAGAUAGAUGCUGUUGACACUCUUAAUGCUACUUACAGAGUAACCUUUGAGAGGUCAGGGCUUGGAACACAUACAAUCCCAGAUUAUGAAGUUCUCGUAAGUAAUAUCUACUUUUUUAAAAAAGUCUGCAAGCAUGUGAAUUCUUUUUUCCCAGAUGAAUGUCAUAAUUUUAUUUUACAAGACAAUUCAAGAAUAAAAGGCAUAUAGUAUUUUUGUCAACUUUAUUAAUAUAUCUAAAAUACAUUUUCUUUUUCAAGAUGUUACUCUUAAUCGUAGUGAAUGCUGCUUAACUUUUCUUCCUCUUUCUAACUUAAAGAGUAAUGAACCUCAUGAAACCAUGCCAAUUGCUGCCUUUGGACAAAAACAGCGACCUUCUAGAUUCUUUAUGACUCCUCCUCGGUUACAUUACACGCCUUCCCUCCAGUCACCAAUUACAGUAAGUAUCUUAAAGUGAAUUUUUUUAUUCAUUCAGUAAUUUGCUGCAUUUUAAACCAUCUGAAGCAAAUUAAAGUAUCAUUUCAAUAAAUUCUAUAGUUAACUAAUACAUAAGAAUGAAUGAAAUAAAAUGCUUAAGGCAACUUUCUUUGUUGCAUAGGACAGUGAUCCUUUACUAGGACAGUCUUCUUGGAAGAACAAAUUUUCAGGCUCAGAUAGUGAGACAUUAGGUGGUUUUCCAGUAGAAUUCCUUAUCCAAGUGGUAAGUGUAAAAUCCUUUUCUUUCAGUUUUAUCUGUACUGAUUUUGAGCAUCUCCAAAAGUUAAAUUCGGUUUAAUUACUUUAUACAUGGCUGUCAAACAUCUGCAAUGACGUUCCAUAAAUCUUUGAAAGCCAGAUUAUAUUGUCUGUACAUUUAAUUUGUAUCUUGGUCGUCUGAUUUAUAUCCACAACAAUAGUUUGCUAAGUUUUUACUUUAUAAUGUAUUUUACAAUCCACUGAUCUUAUAUUUAUUCUGAUAUGCUUUCUCUGUUUUCUGCAGACCAGACUAUCAAAGAUUCUUAUGAUCAAGAAGGAACACAUCAAGCAAUUAAGGGAGAUGAACACAGAAGCAGAAAAAUUGGUAAAUAUAUAUAUAUACUUGUUUCAGCUGUUUUGUAAAGGUUACAUAGGGCUUAAGGAGUUUUAAAGGUAUAUGCUUCUUGUUUAAAGAAGUUCAAACAAAGGAAGAUCUGCAACAGAAUUUGGAUUGAAGGCCCCAUGCCCCAUCCUCCUGAGCCUCCAAGCCUCAGUUUGAAGGUUUUACCGUAUUUUGCGCUCUAUAGGACGCACUUUUCCCUCCUAAAAAGCAAGGGAAAAUGUGUGUGCGUCCUAUGGAGCGAACGCAGGGGGGAGGCAGGCGGGAAAAGCCCCCAAGAGCUCCGUGCGGCUCUUGCAGGCUUUUCCCCACGAGGGAGAAGGGACUGACUCGCCACAUCAGUCCCUUCUCCCACCUCAUAGAAAAGCCCACAGGAGCCACACACCCUUUAAAGAGCGCGCAGCUUCUGCAGGCUUUUGCGGGAGGUGGUAUAAUUCCCCCACCUCCUAGAAAAGCCAGUAGAAGCCGCACAGCCCCUUUAAAGAGUGUGCGGCUUCUGUGGGAGGUGGGGGAAUUCCCCCACCUCGUAGAAAAGCCUGCAGGAGCCGCGCACCCUUUAAAGAGCGUGCCACUCUUGGGGUCUUUUCCCCGAGGAGGGACAAGGGACUGACUGGCUGCGUCAGUCCCUUCUCCCUCCUCGUAGAAAAGCCCGCAGGAGCCGUGCGGUCCUUAAAGGGUGUGUGGCUCCUGUGGGCUUUUGCGGGAGAUGGGGGAAUUCCCCCACCUCCCGCAAAAGCAGGGAGAAAGUCUAGGAGAAGCGCACAGGCUGCCUGCAACCUGUCCGCUGCUCUCAGAGCUGGGGGGGGGGUCAUAUUUUUUCCCUUGAUUUCCCCCUCUGAAAACUAGGUGCACCCUAUGGUCACGUGCGCCGUAUGGAGCGAAAAAUACGGUAACUCUCAGAUCUAGUUAAGAGUGGGAGAGUACUUGAAAAUAAUUCCUACUUAGUAGUAGCUUUUCUAAGUAUUGACCUAAAGAAAGAACUAUAUAUUUCUAAGAUGUUCUUUUGUGGCUCUUUUAUUAUUGUUUAUUCAAUUCCUAUACCAUCCUUCAUCUGAGGAUCACAGGGUGGUUUACGAUAAAAACAUACAUAAUAUAAUAACAAACAAAAGCAAUACUCUUUCCCCUCCCCAGUUUAAAAAGCCAUAGAUUGUUUAAUUGGCCAAGGGCCUGAGCAAAGAGGGAAUGUUUUCAUCUGGUUCCUAAAAAAGCAUCAUGAAGGUCCCAAGCGAGCCUCCCUGGGGAAGAGCAUUCAACAAACAUAGAGCGACCUUAUAUUUGCUGUCACAGUUCAAAUAAAAAAUUGUAGCAAGUCCUGGUAGGAAUCUUUCUCCAUUUGAAACACCUUACAACACAACCCUAUGCAUGCAUACUCAAAAGUACAGUAAAUCCCACUGAGAACUGACAGGUAAUUGUUUGUAGGAUUUCAGCAGCACUAAAUCUGAACUCAACCCAGGCUAUCUUGGGCAUCCAUCAGUUCAAUAGGCACACAGUUGCUGCCCUGGACUUCCAUAGGGGGAAGGGUGUAAUAAAAUUUUUAAAAAUAAGCAAAAUGUAAUACAGUUCAGAAAAUAUCUACAUCAGAAAUUCAGAAUUAUUUUCAGGAAUUGAUUUUGAAAGAACUCUCCGUUUGUUUGUUGAUUAAAUCUUUGUAGGAAAUUUAAAUACAUUCUCACACUUUCUUAAGGUGGCUAGGUAAUGCAGCAAGCAUUUUUAAGAAGCCCUCAUGUCAAAACUAUUUCAAAACCAAAUUGUUUUGAAAUCUCGCUUUAAUUGUGCAAGAAAUAAACAAGUUAUUGCUUUGUGCACUUAAUUCUUUUCUUUCUCUUUUCUUUGCACAGAAAUCCUACUCAAUGCCUAUUGGCAUUGAAUUUCAGAGAAGAUAUGCAACUAUUGUCUUAGAUCUUGAACAGCUGAACAAGGAUCUAAACAAAGUUUUACAUAAAGUUCAACAGUAUUGUUAUGAGGUAAAAUGCUGCUAUUCUAUCUUUCCCAAAUAAAGAGGGUUAUAGCCAUUGGAAGAACCCAUAGCAGCCUCAGAAACUGAUAUAGUUCAGUUGUAAAGCCUCAGUUCUGCAUGAAGAGUGUCCCUGGUUCAAUUCCUGGCAUUUCUGGGGAAGACUGUGAAUAUCUCCUGUUUUGAAUCUUGGAAAGCUGCCGCAGCAUGACUGCAAAAGGAUAAGCGUGUCUCUGAGCACAUGCAGAAUUCAUUUCACCGUGUCCUCUGCCAACAUCUGCAACUAGGAGUAAAGAAAGGAGGCUUAAACCCCAGAACUUAUCUCUCAUUACUGAAAAUUAGUGUUACGUUGCACAGGGCUAAAUAAUUAAGGCACCAUAUUAGUAACACAAUAUCACUACUGAAAAAGGAAUGGAAGCUAAAGAAAUAUGAACCAAACAUAAGCCCUACUCUCGAGGCCAAGUGAAGAGCAGAGUGCCCUUCUCACUACACAAAUACCGACCUAGUAUAAUGCAAUCAAUAUCUAGGUAACUAGUGUUGUUAUUGCAUUUAUAUCUCCUCUUUUCUCCAAGUUCCUCAAGGUGACAUAUACACUUCCCUCCUCCAUUUUAUUGUCACAUCAACCCUGUGAGGUAUGUUAAACUGAGAGAUAGUGACUGGCCCAAGAUAACCCACUGGGUGUCAUGGCUGAGUAGCGAUUUGAACCCUGGUCUCCCAGGUCUAAGUCCCACACUGACCACUACACUACGCUGCCAUGACUUGCAGGCAUAGGGAACUGUUCUCUUUCAUAUUAGUAAUUAAGGCAUUGUUUCGUACAGUGCCACUCUCCAGUGGGUAGCCCAGGGGUUGUCAACUGGUUCCCUACCACCCACUAGUGGGUGCUUCAGGAUUCUAGGUGGGCGGUAGGGGGUUCUACGGCACAGGCUGAAUCCUCGUUCCAUCAAGCACUGCUGGGCGGUAAGGAAAUUUUACCAUCAAGAAAGAUGCAUUAGUGGGCGGUAGGUAUAAAAAGGUUGACCACCACUGGGGUAGACGGUGUUAGAAACUGAGAUAUGAAAGCUAGGAGCUAAAUGGGACCGUAAACCUUGGUUAUGGGUGCAACAACGGAAUGUCUAGGCACGCUCUUUUAUAACAAGAAUACAAAGCUGAAAAUGAAUGAACUGCAGCUAAAAUCUUAUGUUCAAUUUUCACAUGGUCUAGUCGUCCCCCUGCCCACUCCCCUAAUAUUCUUAAGAGGGUCUCUUCAACUGUGGCAGUUUUAAUCUGAAAUAUUAGGCACAGUACUGCGCCCAGAGCUCAGAAACUGCUCACGCUAAUGAAAUUCCCUGUCGCAAAAUGCGCUUAGAACAAUGGGAGCUUCAAAUACUACAGGCCUUAUGCUCUCCACCAUCUGUAAUAUUUUUUGAGAAAAGAAUGGAGGGGGGAUUAAUAUGGUAAUAAUUGAAUCACUUCUGCCUGGAUAUCUGUUGGUAUAUGAUUCUAGAGAUUUCAUUACUUUCUCUAGCAAAAGGAGGCCACUGCAAAGAAAGAGAGCAGUAUUGGCGCACUCAGCAGAAGCCUUACAUUUGCAGAGGUCUUUAGUAGAAACUUGAGAGAGAGAAAACCAAAACUCACAAACAGUCCAAUGAGGAUUGAGCAUGUUCAGUAACCACAGAAUACUGAGUGUCAAUUGGGGGAAUAGAACACGGAAUCAUAGAAGAGGAGGGCAUGGUCAUAUGAAACUAAGGACAUUUCUUGCUGCAACAUUUACUUUUUGCAGUUCCCAUUUCUGCGUGCGUGUGUGUGUGUGUGUGUGUGAGAGAGAGAGAGAGAGACUCUUCCAAUUCACCUUGACUGAUAUUGCUUCAACUGUUUAGAAGCCUCUUCACAUAUUUUCUACAUAACUGAAUGAAAUACUUAACUGAUAUACAUAUGCAAGAGAAUGAGGUAGUAAGUCUCUGAUAUGGUAGAAUGGACAGUAGCAACUGAAAUUGCAGGUGAAGGAUGCUAUUUAAUUGCUUCCCCACAAAUAAAAAGCUAGUAUAUCAGCGAGAGAGCUCUUAUUCCAGCCCACUCUAUGCUAGUUUUCUGCUUGAAGGGAUUUUUAAAGUGUAGGGGUCAUUAAAAAUUGCAUCCCAUAUCUGCAGUCUGAAGCGUUGGACACUAUUCUAUUAGUUUUAUACACUACCAUUUUCUGCUACUGUCCCUAAUGGAGUGGUGGUGUUUUUAAAAUGUUCAAAUGCAAAACUUGUUCAGUCAGAUACUGUUACAUUAGAUAGCAUAACCUCUCAGUUUUAAACAGAAUAUAAGUCAGCGAUAAUGUUAGAAUAUAGAACCUGGAUGAACUCUUGGCAGAUGAAAUCUAAUUUGAUCUAUGUUCAUUUUAUCUCCCAGCUUGCCCCAGAUCAGGGUCUACAGCCUGCAGACCAUCCCACAGAUCUGAGACGGAGAUGUGAAGAAGAAGCUCAGGAAAUUGUCAGACAGUCAAAUACAUCAACAACAGGACAGCCGUGUGUUCAGAAUGAAAACCUGACAGAUUUGAUUGCUAGGCUUACAGCAAUAUUACUGCAGAUUAAGGUAAAUGGUACUGAGAGAAUGAAAAUGCAUACUGUAAUAUGCUCACUCCCCCUGUCCUUGUCCCCGAUGCUGAAACAGUAAUGCUGGCCUCAGAAAAGUGUGGAAGUCUGCUACCCUUAAUAACUAACUUCCCCCAUACAUACCACCCCAGCAAUUUUCAGAGGGACUUGGAUUGUCAUUACAUUUCCUUCUCAGAACCUAGUCUGUAGUGCUCCCUUACUGUUUAUGCACCCUCUGAGGACCUCAUCAAUGUCCACUAACCUCCUUUAGUCUCCCACGCCACACAAGCAGGAUGCACAAAGUGGCAGAGCAGUUUCCACAGUUUUUGGAUUUUGUAAACAGCUGUAACAUGUAUUAGCUCCUGAACCUCUAUUUUUUAAAAUUUCUUUUCUUCUAGUGUCUAGCAGAAGGAGGCGAUCUAAACUCCUUUGAGUUUAAGUCUUUAACAGAUUCAUUAAACGACAUCAAAAAUUCCAUAGAUUCCACCAACAUCAGGUAAUAUCUUGUAGUGUUUUAUUUAUUGGUGUGCUUAUUUAUAUUUAUACAUCUGCCUUUUAAAAGGGGGGGCAGAGCCCAGGGGUAGCUUAUAAUACAAGCUUUCUGUAACAACAUUAUAACAAUAAUUAGAAAAAAUAAUUUAAAACAGCAGCAAGAGUUUAAAAACAUUUAUAUCCCCAAAGCCAGGACAGAUUUAAAAAAAAGUCCUGAACACACUCAAUGUUGGGGGCGGUGAGAUCUCACUGUAGCAGGGGCAGUAGAAUACGUUGGAGGGGGGUGUAUACUGAAAGACUGUAAUACAUUCAGUAUGUUGAACAUUUCAGAGAUGCUGACAAACGAAAACUUUUUCUUUCUUUAGUUGUUUUCAAAAUAACGUUGAGAUCCACGUUGCACACAUCCAGAGUGGCCUCAGCCAGAUGGGAAAUCUACAUGCCUUUGCUGCAAAUAACACCAACAGAGACUGAAAGAAACGUUCACCUUCGUCCAAGUGUACAGAAUGUAGUUAUGAAAAAGCCUUCUUAUAUAAGCUUCACCAAAUAUCCUAACUGCUAGAAGAAAUAGGAAAAGAGGAUAUUUUGAGAUCCAUUGUACUGCUUCUGAAGAAACCAGCAUAAAAUUACCAGCAUUGCUAUAGACUUCAUCACUUGCUAUGCACAUACAGUAUCUUGUUUAACAGCUAACCUUUAGUUAUAAAAGUACAUAGGUAUGUUGUUUUUGAACUGAAAGUUAUACAGACCUGUUUUCUUAUAAUGUGAAGCAAGAAUACUUUUCUUUUAAAUUUAUUUGCAACUAUUCUGUCAACUAUUGAGAGCUGUUUUGAAGAAGGAAGUGACACAGAGGUUGCAUAGCAAUCUCUUCUUGAAAGCCUAGUACUUGUGUCUCACUGCCUUUUGAUUUUAGUUUCUGAAGAGUACUGUGAUUGGUAAAAAGCAGUGUGUAUUCCUGUUUUCGCAAAGUGGCAGCAGGAUAUGCAAAGGAAUGGGAGUGGGUAGGUAGCUAUUGUACACUUGUGGAUACUGGGAAUCCCUGUAAAUCAAUUAAUAUCGUUUGAAUGUCUUUAUUUAUCAUAACUUAUAAAAGUAAUCUAAUGAAGGAGUAGAAAAGGACUGCUGAAUUCCCAGAAAUUGAUAUGACUUGCUUUUCCCCCUCCAUAAUGGGCAAAGUGUUCUAGUUAAGGUAUUUCACACAAAUAACUGGUAAUAUUUUUCCAUUGAUUUGUUGCACAAACUUAAACUAGAUACCUGCUUAUCAAGCAAUUAACAGAGUUCAUGAUGCAGUUGGAUAGCCAGUCCCCUGAACUGCCUAAAUAAAAAUAAAAAGCAAAGAUCUGAGGAGUACACAGAAGUAUCAAUCUUGUAAAAAGGGUGUAUUGAGUUGUUUAUUUAGAAUAGACUUGUAAAGCUUCAGUGUAAUAAAUUGUUUCCAGAUUUGAAUUUUUAGAUAGCUGUAGCAAUGUUUUGAUUCUUUCAUGCCUCAUAAAAUGAGGUCUUUUGUAUGUUAAUGUAAAAAGAAAAUGUAAACAAUUAUUUUCAAUUUAAAAUUUUGUAUAGUUUUAAAAAUGCUUCUGUAUUCUGUGUGUGUAUUUGUGCUGCUUCAAAACUUAACUGCAGAGUCUAUAUUUAGCAAAACCUGUUCUUUUAAGAAAUGCAUAAAUCUUUUAUUCUCAUUGAGUUAUGUAAGUUGUAAUGUUUUACUAAAAUUGCGAAACAUGAGCAUUAGGCCUGAAAUAGUUUUAAAACGUUUAGUUAAUAUAUUUUCAGAAAUU